AUGGUCGCACGAGGCCAGGCGGGCGGUGCAAAGGGCACUGAGCGCCGUGGCACUGGCUGUGGCAGAGGAGCACCCAGAGGCGCUCACAGACCCGUGCACCCCCGAGGCUUCAUCCCUUCCUCCACUUCCCCCACUUCCCCCACUCCCUCCCUCCCUUUCUACCGCUCUCCCCCCCCAGCACCGGGUGCAUCAGCACCCGUCAUCUCGUCUGUUCUAAAGGCCCUCCUAGACGCGUGGGACGUGGCGCCUGCACAGUCAGGCCAAUGGACGCAUGAAGCCAGGCGGGCGGUGCAGAGGGCACUGAGCGCCGUGGCAGUGGCCGUGGCAGAGGAGCACCCAGAGGCGCUCACAGACCCGCACGCAUCAGCACCUGUCAUCUCGUCCGUUUUGAAGGCCCUGUUAGACGCGUGGGACGUGGCCCAGGCACAGUCAGGCCAAUGGUCGCACGAGGCCAGGCGGGCGGUGCAAAGGGCACUGAGCAGCGUGGCAGUGGCGGUAGCAGAGGAGCACCCAGAGGCGCUCACGGACCCGCGUGCGCCCGAGGGCGUGGCUGUGGGGGAGGUCGUGCUGGCGUUCGCUGCAGGGGGCGGGGGAGCGUGGGGGGGUGGGGAGGGUGGCGAGGGGGAGAGCGCGGAGGAGGUGGAGGCGAGUGCAGACGGGGUGGUGGCGUUCUUCUCAGCGGUGAAUAUAGUGCCGGUGAACGAGAGGAGUGAGGGGUAUCGAGGACCGCUCUUCUUACGGCUGGCUGAAGUGUUGACCACCAAGGCAGCCUAUCCGCCGUCGUUCACAUCGUGGGCCGACAACCAGGAAGAUGCUGAUGCCUUCUACCGCUUCAGGGACCAGCUAGCAGCGGACGGGUUGCACAUGGCGUUCGGGCUGCUGCCACUGGAGUACAUGGAUCGUGUGGGGGCGUCCCUGCAGGUGGGUGGGUGGGGGGAGCUUCUUGCAGGUGGGAGUGCGUUGUUUGCACGUACUUUGGGUUGGGCUGCAGCCACUGGAGUACAUGCACCGCGUGGGGGCGUCCCUGCAGGUGCGUGUGGGCACCAAGGGACCGGACCGUGUGGGGGGCGUCCCUGCCACUGGAGUACAGGGACCGUGUGGGGGGCGUCCCUGCCACUGGAGUACAGGGACCGUGUGGGGGGCGUCCCUGCAGGUGCGAGCGAGAGCAGGGGACUGGUUGAUGUGAUGAGUCGAGACACGGGUGACCAACCAUGA